AUGUUACAACUGAAACGCGUCCAUCGCAUUCGCCAGAGGUUGGCCCAUUUCACCCUGAAAUCCACAUUGUAUGGAUCCUGGGUCCUCGGACUAUUUCCUUUCACAUUUGACUCCAGGAGAAGACAACUGCAUCGUUCUAAGUGGCUUUUGGCAUAUGGUUUGGUUUUAAACAUUAGUCUGAUGGUUUUGGCAUUGCUGCCAUCUACGGAUGAUCAUAAUUCCGUCAAAGUUGAAGUCUUUGAGCGAAAUCCCUUGGUGAAAGAGGUCGAGGAACUCGUGGAGGUUAUAAGCCUAAUAACCACAAUUAUAACCCAUUGGCGAACAUUUUGGAAUUCAAAGGAAUUGGUUGCUGCUCUGAAUGAACUUCUGAUGCUGGAAAGCCGUCACUUUAGUAAGCUUAUCCUCGGAGAAUGCCAUCAAUUCGAUAGGUAUGUGAUAGAAAAGGGUCUGGUGGUAGUCCUGGAGGUCGCUUCCUCUUUGCUAAUUUACUUUGGAGUACCGGAUAGCAAAGUUGUUAUUCAUGAGGCACUGAUCAUCUACAUAGUUCAGCUGGAAGUUCUCAUGGUGGUGAUGCACUUUCACCUAGCAGUUAUCCUUAUUUAUCGAUAUAUGUGGAUUAUCAAUGGACAACUCUUGGAUAUGGCCAGUAGGCUAAGAAAAGGUGAAACUGUGGAUCCUGAGCAAAUACAAACACUUCUCUGGCUCUAUAGUCGCCUUUUGGACUUGAACACCCGCCUGGCCGCCAUUUACGACAUUCAGGUUACCUUUUUCAUGGCCACCCUCUUUUCGGCCAACAUUAUUGUGGGCCAUGUCCUGGUCAUCUGUUGGAUUAAUAUUACAAGAUUUUCACUGGUUGUGAUGGUUCUACUUUUUCCUCAAGCCCUCAUCAUUAACUUUUUGGAUCUGUGGCAGGGCAUCGCCUCUUGUAAUUUGGCCGAGAGUACGGGCAGAAAGACCUCCAUGAUCCUGAAGUUAUUCAACGACAUUGAAGGCUUGGACAAGGAAGUAGAGCACAGAGUAACUGAGUUCACAUUGUUCUACAGUCACCGCAGGCUGAGAAUCCGACACCUCGGUUUAUUCGACAUAAACUACGAGAUGGGCUUCCACAUGAUCAUAACCAACAUUUUAUAUGUACUUUUCUUGGUGCAAUUCGACUACAUGAAUUUAAAAUUCAAAUCAGACGAUUUAAAUAAUCCACAAAGAAGUCAGAGACACGAGAAACUGGAAGCCCUGGAACGAAAUCCUGUCCUGAACAAGAUAUACGAGCUAACUGGAGUAAUGGACUUCUUCUCAGCCUUUGUGUUGUAUUUCAUGAAUUUUAUUGGAAGCAGGAAUAUUCAGGAGAUUGCCAACGAACUUCUUAUCCUUGAGUACCAGGAACUCAGAGGGGUACUUUUCAUCUAUCGCUAUGUGUGGACCAUCAAUCGACAACUUGAGGAACUAGCUAAGCAACUAAAAGAAAAUCCCCUAACUGAAUCCUCAAGAAUUCGCAAACUUCUCUCUGUGUACCACCGGCUUUUUGUGUUAAGUAAGAAACUAGUAGCGACCUACGAACUGCAGAUGACUCUCAUGUUAACUGUUGGCUUAGCAGGAAAUAUUGUGAUCAUAUAUUUCCUGAUUGUGUUUGGCAUCAGCAUGGGCAGUGCUUUGAUGGUAUUCUUCUUCUGUGUGCUAAUAAAUAUUUCGGAUUUUUGGUUGAGCAUCGUUGUAUGCGGCCUAACGGAGGAAGCUGGUAGGAAAACCUCUACUAUCCUGAAGCUUUAUACUGAUCUCGAUCAAAAAGAUGCCGAACUUGAAAGAAGUUUGCUUCCAUUUCUGUAUACCACCGACAUGCCGCAUCUAUAUCAGUUCAUCGCCGUAUUAAUAAAGCUAAAAGCGUUUGUAUAG